AGGAAUUUUGGGCCGGAAUCAGGAAUUGAUCGGAAUUCCCGUUUUUUUUUUCCCCAGAGCUUUUUCCAACGGGCGCUUGGAAGAUGAAGGUCAGAGGCUGAGGGAGCCACACCUGGACGGGGGCACCUGAAAUUCAGAGUCGGGAUCCGGAGGCGGCCGUGCCCGGAGGCGGCGGAGGAUAGAUGGACAAGCCGGGCAACUUCUGACUCCGCGGCGUUUUCCGGGAUAAAAUUCCAUGGCAAUGUAUCCUACAAGGGUCUCGGGCGAGGAAUGCAACGGCAUCAACGCCAUGGCGGCCGAGAGCGGCCCCGGCACGCGCCUGCGGAACCUCCCGGUGCUGCCCGACGCCCUGGACUCCACGCAGCCGUCGGCGGCGCCGGCGCCGGGCCAGGCCCAGCCCGGCAUCGGCGUCGGCGUCAAUCCGCCGCCGCCGGAGACGUCCAAUCCCAACAAACCCAAGCGCCAAACCAACCAGCUGCAGUAUCUGCUCAAGGUGGUCCUCAAGACCCUCUGGAAGCACCAGUUUGCGUGGCCCUUCCAGCAGCCCGUGGACGCCGUCAAGCUGAACCUCCCGGAUUAUUACAAAAUAAUCAAAACCCCGAUGGAUAUGGGAACAAUAAAGAAACGCUUGGAAAAUAAUUAUUACUGGAACGCUCAAGAAUGUAUCCAGGAUUUCAACACCAUGUUUACAAACUGCUACAUCUACAACAAGCCUCAGAAUUCCGGAAUCCGUAACGACUCCGCCACCCCAUCCCAAAGUAGAAGCUCCCACGACCAAUCCCAGAGCAGAAACCCCAAUGAUCGAUCCCAAAGUAGAAACUCCAAAACUCACCUCGGAAUUCUGGAGCCCGUAGCGCCCCCUCCGCCCCACCCCAGAGCAGAAACUCCAAAACUCACCUUGGAAUUCCGGAGCCCCCCGUCCCAGAGCAGAAACUCCAAAAUUCCCGCCGUCACCUCGGAAUUCCGGAGCCCCGCCCCGUGCCCCGGCGCUGACGGCGGCGCCCCGUCCCCCUCUCGGCAGACCAAGAAAGGCGUCAAGCGGAAAGCGGACACCACCACGCCCACGGCCAUGGACCCCAUCCACGAGUCGCCGUCGCCGGCCGCCGAGCCCAAGGGCGCCAAGGCGGGCGCGCGCCGCGACGGCGGCCGGCCGCUCAAGGCGCCCAAGAAGGAGGUGCCGGACUCGCAGCAGCACCCCGGCGAGGGCCGCGCCUCCAAGGCCUCGGAGCAGCUCAAGUACUGCGGCGGCAUCAUCAAGGAGAUGUUCGCCAAGAAGCACGCGGCCUACGCCUGGCCCUUCUACAAGCCCGUGGACGUGGAGGCGCUGGGGCUGCACGACUACUGCGACAUCAUCAAGCACCCCAUGGACCUCAGCACCAUCAAGUCCAAGCUGGAGAGCCGGGAAUAUCGCGACGCUCAGGAAUUCGCCGCCGACGUCCGGUUGAUGUUCUCCAACUGCUACAAGUACAACCCCGCCGACCACGAGGUGGUGGCCAUGGCCAGGAAGCUGCAGGACGUGUUCGAGAUGCGCUUCGCCAAGAUGCCGGACGAGCCGGAGGAGCCGGCGAUCCCCGCCUCGUCGCCGGUGGUGGUGCCGCCUCCCACCAAGGUGGCCCCGGCGUCGUCCAGCGACAGCAGCAGCGACAGCUCCUCGGACAGCGACAGCUCCUCCGACGACUCCGAGGAGGAGCGGGCGCAGCGCUUGGCCGAGCUCCAGGAGCAGCUCAAGGCCGUGCACGAGCAGCUGGCGGCGCUGUCCCAGCCCCAGCAGAACAAACCAAAGAAGAAGGAGAAGGACAAGAAGGAGAAGAAGAAGGAGAAGCACAAAAAGAAGGAGGAGCUGGAGGACACCAAGAAGAGCAAAGCCAAGGAGCCGCCGCCCAAGAAGGCCAAGAAGAGCAACGGCGGCGGCGGCGGCGCCUCCAGCAAGAAGGAGCCGGCGCCGGCCAAGCCCAGCAAAGCGGCGCCCGCCUACGAGUCGGAGGAGGAGGAGAAGUGCAAGCCCAUGUCGUACGAGGAGAAGCGGCAGCUGAGCCUGGACAUCAACAAACUGCCCGGGGAGAAGCUGGGCCGCGUGGUUCACAUCAUCCAGUCCCGGGAGCCGUCGCUCAAGAACUCCAACCCCGACGAGAUCGAGAUCGACUUCGAGACGCUGAAGCCGUCGACGCUGCGCGAGCUCGAGCGUUACGUCACCUCCUGCCUGCGCAAGAAGAGGAAACCCCCAGAGAAGCUCGACGUCCUGGCCGGCUCCUCCAAGCUCAAGGGUUUCUCGUCGUCGGAGUCGGAGUCCAGCAGCGAGUCGAGCUCCUCGGAGAGCGACGAGUCGGACUCAGAAAUGGCGCCAAAAUUGAAGAAGAAAGGGCACUCGGGGCGGGAGCAGAAAAAGCACCACCACCACCACCACCAACCGCCGCCGCAGCCGCAGCCGCCUCCGGCGCCGCCUCAGCCCGUCCCGCCGGCGCUGCAGCCGCCGCCGCCGCCGCCGCCCGUCCCGCAGCCCGCCGCGCCCCUGAAGGCGUCGCCGCCGCCGCCGCCGCCCUUCGUCCCCGCGCAGGUGCCGGUGCUGGAGCACCCUCUGCCGGGGACCAUGUUCGACGCCAUGGCCCAUUUCGGCCAGCCCAUGCUGCACCUGCCCCAGCCCGAGCUGCCCCCGCCCCACCUGCCCCCGGCGCCCGAGCACAGCACCCCGCCCCACCUCAACCAGCACGUGGUGUCUCCUCCAGCUUUGCACAACGCUCUGCCUCAGCAGCCCUCGAGGCCCAGCAACCGGGCGGCGGCGCUGCCCCCGAAGCCGCCGCGGCCGCCGGCCGUGUCCCCGGCGCUGCCGCCGCCGCAGCCGCCGCCGCAGCCGCUGCUCCCGCAGCCGCCGCUGCCGCAGCCGCCGCAGGUGCUGCUGGAGGACGAGGAGCCGCCGGCGCCGCCGCCGGUGCCGCCGCCGGUGCCGCCGCCGCACCACGGCCUCGCCCUGAGCGCCGGGCAGAUGCAGCUGUACCUGCAGCAGCUGCAGAAAGUGCAGCCGCAGACUCCGCUUCUCCCUUCAGUGAAGGUCCAGUCGCAGCCGGCGCCGCAGCCGCAGCCGCCGCCGCCUCCCCCGGCGCUGCCGCCGCCGCCGGCGCACCCCGCGGUGCAGCCGCUGCAGCCGCCGCCGCGCCCGCUGCACCUGCAGCCCCUGCCCUUCCCGUCGCACCUGGCGCAGCCGCCGGCGCCGCCGCCGCCGCAGCAGCAGCC